AAAAAAGAUCUCCAUCCCAAAAUCUUGGCCAUUGAUCUAUUCUUUUUAUAAAAAAAAAAUUUAUAAUGGAACCAAAACACAGAGCUUUGCCUGUCGGAUACAGGUUUCGUCCGACAGAUUGUGAGAUUUCAAAAUAUCUUUUGACAAGAAAAGCUUUGGGACUACCGAUAGAAGUUCGUACUGUACCUGAAGAGUUACAUGAGAUCUUCUCUAUGCAUCCUCGUGAUUUGCCUGGCUAUCGAAGAGAAGAACAUUGGUACUACUUUUGCAGAAAACGUAACAACCAAGUUACUGCCAACACUCGUAAUAUAUGGACACAAGUCGGAGAAGAAAGUAAUGUGUUAGAUCCAAAGGAUAAUGAUGCAUUAGUGGGUAUCAAACGUCCAUUUACUCUCGUUGAGGACGAAGAAGAAGGAACCGAUGAUAUUUAUAUGUCAGAUGAAGAAGAACCUCCAAAAUUCAAGUGGUUCCUGGACGAAAUCAGCCUCCCAUUGACUGCUUUAGACACUGAUUGGGUAUUCUGCCAUAUUUAUAGCAUGAAGAUCGAACCUGAUAUUGUUGAAAUGUCUGAAUCUGAGUCCGAAUCCGAAGAUGAAGAAGAAGAUAAUGAAGAAAGUGUCUCUGCACAGAGUGUGGAUCUUCUUAGAGAGAAAGAUGUAAAUGUUCUUCCUCCAUCUCCUUCUCCACCUUAGCUUCUAAUGAUGGUUUUAUCAAGGUGUUCUUGGA